CGCAAAAGACAGAAUUGGAAAGAAAAAGAACCCUGCGAGGGAUAGCACAAGCUAGACCACAAGACCAAUAAAGUCUACAUGGAAAUCAAUGUCUUUGAUGUUAAGAAUCCUGAAUCCUCGUCUAGUACUAGAAUUAUACUCUUUCUUUCUUUCUUUGAUCAAAGCACUUUUGAAACAUGAGAGGACUCCAUUUCUUCUUUUUCUGCUUCUCCACCUCACUCACCUUUUUCUCCGCCACCAUUACCACCACUUCAACAACCUCUUCUUCUGAUACCUUAACACCAACCCAAUCCCUCACUCUAAACCAAACCUUGUUAUCCUCAAACCAAAUCUUCCAGCUCGGUUUCUUUCCCACCUCUGACUCCACCUGGUACCUUGGAAUCUGGUACACCACCAUUGAUGACAACAAAAGAACUGUAGUCUGGGUAGCAAACAGAGACACCCCACUUCAAAAUUCAGCUGGAUUCCUCAAAAUCACCGACACCGGAAACCUUGUUGUCCUCGAAAACAAGUCCCAGAAACCUGUCUGGUCUUCCUUAAAUCAAACAACCGCCGCCACCACCACCAGCCCUGUAAUUCUUCAGCUUCUGGAUUCAGGGAAUUUGGUUCUGAAAGAUCCUAACAAAAUUCUAUGGCAGAGCUUCGAUUAUCCUACCGACACCUUGUUACCAGGAAUGAAACUGGGGUGGAACUUUGACACGGGGAAGGAAACACACAUAACCUCGUGGAAGAACACAGAUCAAGACCCUUCAAUCGGUGACAUUUCAUUCAAGUUUGAACCCCAUGGCUACCCAGAAAUCUUCCUCUGGAGAAAAAACAAGAGAGUUUACAGAAGUGGACCAUGGAAUGGUGAGAGAUUCAGUGGGGUACCUGAGAUGCAAAAAAUUACAAAUUCAAUUAAGUUCAAUUUUUUCAUGGAUGAGCAUGAGGUUUACUACAUGUUCUCAAUUGAGAAGAAAUCGUUGCUUUCGCGAUUAUCCGUGAACUCAAUUGGGGAGCUUCAACGCUUGACAUGGAUAGAGAGCUCACAUAUUUGGAGUAAAUUCUGGUAUGCACCGAAAGAUCAAUGUGAUAACUACAGAGAGUGCGGUCCUUAUGGUCUUUGUGACGCGAAUUCUUCGCCGGUUUGCAAGUGUGUGAAGGGGUUCUGGCCUAAGGAUCAGCAGGCGUGGAAUUUGCGAGACGGGUCUGAUGGAUGCGUGAGGAGAACUGAUUUGGAAUGUGGGAGUGAUAAGUUUCUGCAUUUGGAGAAUGUGAAGUUGCCGGAGACGAGUAGGGUGUUUGUGAAUAGGAGCAUGGGGAUUGUGGAGUGUAGAGAGUUGUGCUUGAGGAAUUGUUCUUGUACUGGUUAUGCUAAUUUGGAGAUCACUAAUGGAGGAAGUGGUUGUGUGAUUUGGGUUGGGGAGCUUGUAGAUAUAAGGCAGUAUCCUGAGGGUGGGCAAGAUCUCUAUGUCAGAUUAGCAGCUUCUGAUGUAGAUGACACAGUGUUUGGAGGUGGGACUCACAAGGCUUUAAGAAUCAUAAUAAUUGGAGGGGCAGCUUUGAUGCUUUUGGUUUCUGGUAUGAUCUGUUUCUUAUGGAAGAAGAGGAAAUUGCAAUGUAUAUUGAAAGGGAAAAAGGAACAAAGAGGUUUUUCUGAGAGAAGUCAGGAUUUGCUAAUGCCUGAGGUGGUGUUUUCAAGUAAUAGAGAGCAGACUGGUGAAAGGAACAUGGAAGACAUAGAAAUGCCAUUGUUUGAUUUUAAUACCAUAACAAUUGCUACAGACAAUUUCUCUGAAGAAAAUAAACUUGGACAAGGAGGCUUUGGCAGUGUUUACAAAGGCAGAUUGAAGGAAGGUCAUGAUAUUGCUGUGAAGAGAUUGUCACAAACUUCUGGGCAAGGUGUGGAAGAAUUUAAAAAUGAGGUCAAAUUAAUUGUUAAACUUCAACAUCGAAAUCUCGUUCGGCUACUUGGUUGCAGCAUUGAGAGGGAUGAGAAGCUGCUAGUGUAUGAGUACAUGGAGAAUAGAAGCCUUGAUUCCAUUUUGUUUGAUAAGGCAAAAAGAUCCUUAUUGGACUGGCAAAGGCGUUUCAACAUUAUAUGUGGAAUAGCUAAAGGACUUCUUUAUCUACACCAAGAUUCCAGACUUAAGAUCAUCCAUAGAGAUCUUAAGGCAAGCAACAUUUUACUUGACAAAGAGAUGAACCCAAAGAUAUCAGACUUUGGGAUGGCUAGAAUUUUUAGUUCUGAUCAGACUGAAGCAAAUACAAUGAGAGUUGUUGGAACAUAUGGCUACAUGUCCCCUGAAUAUGCAAUGGAUGGGAACUUCUCAGUGAAAUCUGAUGCUUUUAGUUUUGGGGUUCUUGUGCUGGAGAUUGUAAGUGGAAAGAAGAACAGAGGAUUCUAUUAUGCAAACAAAGAAUUAAAUCUUCUAGGACAUGCAUGGAAGCUGUGGAAUGAAGGAAAUGCAUUAGAACUGAUUGAUUCUUCCAUUGACAAAUCAUAUUCACCAUCUGAAGUUCUUAGAUGCAUACAAGUUGGGUUGUUAUGUGUACAAGAGCGAGCAGAAGAUAGGCCAACAAUGUCUUCAGUGGUUUUGAUGCUGAGCAGUGAAACUGCAACAAUGCAACAGCCCAUGAACCCUGGGUUUUGCCUUGGAAGGAAUCCUGUUGAAACUGAUUCUUCUACAAGUAAACAAGAUGAAUCAUGCACAGUGAACCAUGUCACUGUUACAAUGGUAGAUGCCAGAUAGUGCAAGAUGUGAGGCAUUAUCUAGCAUGCCAGUAUAUUUUCUAUAGGUUUAAAAAAUUCUGUAAAUUUUCAAUCAUAUGAUAGUUGAAACAAACAUAUUUGAGAUCUAGUAUGAUCUUGUUUUUGUUAAUAUGUUAGAGGUGCCUCCAUUAAAUUAUUCUAUAUAGUUCAAGAUACUUUCUUUUUCA